AUGGGAUUUCUGCAGCGAAAAGAAUCUUUGCAGCGAACAGCGGCGACCUUGCUGGAUAUCGAUUAUCAAGUAGCUAUUGCAAUCGCGUGACAUCUCGAAGUGCUCCGCGUUAGACAGGACUGAUCCCAUCCACUUGGUUGCUCGUCUCAAUCCGCCAACUCAGACCACACGCAGGCUCUCGGAAGUCAUCUCGCCCGCCAAAAUGGCCAAAACCCUGGAGAAGACUCGCAAGCAGAUUUCCAAGAAGCGAAAUGGGGUCAUGGAUAAUCUGCACCAGAACUCCCGCAACGCCAAGCGGCUUCACAAGGCCCAGGUAAGGGACGACAGGCUUGAAAAGCUCGCCCAGGCCAGGAAGAAGGGUGACCAGCCUCUACUAUCUCGGGUGACUUUUUUCAGGGAUGCUGUCCAGGCGAGCAGUCUACCCAAGCCCCUUACAAUGGAGGCCGUGCAAGAUAUCGUGAAGAAGUUUGUGCACCAGUACGAUGAAGAGUACGCCGAGAUCAAAAGCGCCCGCCGUCCUGGCAGGGGUGCCAGCUCCAGAGAGGAAGUACUCAAGGUGAACAUGGUCACACUCGAGAAGGAGCAUAAAAACGGCUUCUAUAUGCCCGAUCUCACAAGCGAGGAAAAUCUUGCCGCGUUGGACAGGUGGGAGGGAUCCUGGGCCUACCUCGCGAGCCUAGCGUGGGUCAAAGUGACUGCUGAUGGCGAAACCAGGACAGCCAGUUUCCCUCCCAUCUAAAGUGGGUGAUGCCAGAACUGGCACUUGGCGGGCUAGACGAACUCGUAUGUCACGAAUGAUACCCAACGGGCUAAGGCCUGAUAAGAGAACUUGGAACAGAUCUUUCUAUUAUCUCGUCGACUGUUUUGAUCAUCCCAUUGUGAAUAUGAGCCCGAAGCCUGGCUGG